UCACCCGGAUGUACGCGCCAUGUGAAUUCAAAAUGGACGACAAUCCGGCGAUUGUAAAAUUUGUGUCGCAAAAAAUUUCAAAAAUUCGAUGGAAACCAAAUCAAAGUCAGUACUCACAAGAGACAGAUGUUUUUGCAACUGGAAGUUGGGACGAUGAGGAUGGUAAAGUAUGUUUAUGGAAUCUGCUAUCUGCAGAGCAGAGGGACAUAGAUAUGGAUGAUGGAAGUUAUGAUCCAGCAAUGAGGGAACCAAGUUUACUUUGUGAGAUACAACAUACAGGUGACGUAACAGACCUCGAGUUCAUAAGUGCAGACCAUAUUGUGUCCUCCUCCUCAACUGGAACUGUUACUUUAUACAAACACCACUUACAAUCUCAGACACUUGGUGAUUCAGUAAGUUGGAAAGAGAUUCACAAGGAUGCAGGAGGUAAAGGUUGUCCAUGUACUUGUCUAACAACACAAAGAGAUGAUAUGAUUGUUACAGCAGGAGAAGAUGGUUGUAUAAAUGUGCUCAAUGUUGCUCACAGAAAACCUGUUAGAACCAUUGAUAAAGCAAACAGCUGUACCAUUAAUGGGAUAACAUUUUUAAAACAGCAAGAAGUGAUAACUGUAGAUUCAAGUGGACAGCUGAAAGUUUUCGACCUAGGACAUAGGUCAUGUGACCCGGUUAAAACUUUUGCUCUAUCUGGUGAACAAACACCUCUACAGUGUGUAGCUAGACAUCCCACACAGCAUCAUAUAGUGGCUACAGGAGCAUAUGAUGGUGUACUGUCCGUGUGGGAUUUACGACAAGAAAAAUUCCCUGUCACUCCACUAGAAGCUCAUUCUGCAGCAAUAUGGGAAGUGAAAUUCCAUCCAACUAAUCCAGAUCAUCUGUUCACAUGUUCAGAAGAUGGUUCUGUCUGGCACUGGAAUGCUUCAUCCGUAGCAUCAUUAGUAACAGGAACUGGAGCAGGCUCAGGGGGUGGUUCUUUAUUCUCACAGGGUAUGCCAGCGAGCGGUGCUGGUAAUGUCAGCAUUACAAGUCCUUGGCUCACACUCGAGUCUGGCCGUCAGAAACUGGACGUCAAAUCAAAGCUUAAUCUGACAUUACCUAUAAACACUGUAGACAUUAUAUCAGAGGUGUUACUGUGUGGGUCGGAUGAGGAAGCAGUUUAUGCUGUGGAUAUACCUGGUAUAAGAUAGUGCUAUAAAUAGAAAUGGUGCUAUAGUAAAAAUCUCCUAGUGUAAUUUAUACAAGUUGGAAAAAAUACAAAAACU